AUGGCAAAAAAGGUCCCUCAGAUUAAUCAUCUCAGUUUUGCAGAUGACAUUAUCAUAUUCUCAUUAAGGAGAUCUUAUACAUUGCAGCUCAUCAUGGAGACACUCCAUACUUAUGAGAGUGUCUCUGGCCAACUGAUUAAUAGAGACAAGAGUAGUUUCGUGGUACCCUCAAAUGCUUUUAGGUAUACAGUGAAGAGGAUCAAGAAGGUUACUGGUUUCAAGCAAAAAAGCAUCCCUAUUACAUACUUGGGAUAUCGCCUUUACAUAGGCAGGCAAAAGAUCAUAUAUUAUUAUGACCUUAUUGCUAAGGUUGUAGCUAGAAUAACAGGUUGGCAAGCAAAGAUUGUCAGCUAUGGAGGUAGAGUUACAUUGAUUAAGCAUGUUAUUCAAGCCCUCCCUGUCCAUUUGCUCUCAGCUAGUUCCCCUCCUGCAACUACCAUCAAGCAAAUACAGAAAAUCACUGCUAAUUUCUUUUGGAGAUGGAUGAAUGAUACCAUUGGUCUUCCUGGAAGAACCUUAGUUAUCCCUAUGAUGAAUGAGGUAUUGGUGUGA